ACGCUGUCGUGAAGCGGCUCCGUUCACUUCCAUUCAUUCUGCUAACCCAGACCCCGGAAAGGUUUUGACGUGUGUGUAUGCAUGGCAAAGUGUGUUUCCGGUAUAACGUGUGUGUUGAUCAGUGUUCAGCCUUUUUCUUUUGGCUUUCAGUAGAACAGUCACUCACUUCAAAGUCCCAGCUGCCUUACCUGGUCACCCCUCAACGGCGUUAUAUCCCAAACCGGUGAACAUGGCAUCUGUUUCGGCACCAGCUCAGACAGCCCCUUCUUCGGCUGCUACUCUGCAAAGGGGAAUUGUUAAAAUGGUCUUGUCGGGCUGUGCCAUUAUUGUUCGGGGCCAGCCUCGAGGUGGCCCACCCCCGGAACGUCAGAUCAAUCUCAGUAACGUCCGAGCUGGGUCCAUGGCCCGCCGAGCUGCUCAGGCCCAGCCUGACACCAAGGACACCCCUGAUGAGCCAUGGGCCUUUCAAGCCAGAGAGUUCCUGCGGAAGAAGCUAAUUGGCAAAGAGGUGUGCUUCACUGUGGAAAUCAAAACUGCUUUGGGCAGGGAGUACGGCAUGGUCUACCUGGGGAGAGACACAACAGGGGAGAACAUCGCAGAGUCUCUGGUGAACGAGGGCCUUGCCACAGUCCGCAGGGAAGGAAUCAGAGGGAACAAUCUAGAGCAGGCCAGACUCUGUGAUUUGGAGGACCAGUCUAAGGCAUCCAAGAAGGGCAUGUGGAGUGAGGGCGGCGGCACACACACCAUCCGCGACCUCAAGUACACCAUAGAGAAUCCCCGCAACUUUGUCGACUCCUUGCACCAGAAACCUAUUAAUGCCAUCAUCGAACACGUGCGUGACGGCAGUGUUGUCCGUGCGCUGCUCCUCCCCGACUACUACCUGGUCACUGUCAUGCUGUCUGGAGUCAAGUGUCCCACAUUCAAAAGGGAAGCAGAUGGCGCAGAGUCGCCAGAGCCGUUCGCAGCAGAGGCCAAAUUCUUCACAGAGUCACGUCUUCUGCAAAGAGAUGUUCAGAUCAUCCUGGAGAGCUGUCCUAAUCAGAUCAUACUGGGCACCAUCCUUCAUCCGAAUGGCAACAUUACAGAACUCCUGCUAAAGGAAGGCUUCGCUCGCUGCGUGGACUGGUCGAUGGCUGUCUACACCCAGGGAGCUGAGAAACUCCGAGCUGCUGAACGAUCCGCUAAGGAGCGCAGGGUCCGCAUCUGGAAGGACUACGUGGCGCCCACAGCCAACUUGGAUCAGAAGGACAGACAAUUUGUAGCCAAGGUGAUGCAGGUGGUCAACGCUGACGCCAUGGUGGUCAAGCUGAACUCUGGAGAAUACAAGACCAUCCACCUGUCAAGCAUCCGGCCCCCAAGAAUUGAGGGAGAGGAGAAGAACAAGGACAAAGACAAACGUUUCCGUCCACUUUACGACAUCCCCUACAUGUUCGAAGCCCGCGAGUUCCUGAGGAAGAAGCUCAUUGGAAAAAAGGUCAACGUGACCGUGGACUACAUCAGAGCAGCUACUGGUCCAGGAGAAAGCACUCCUGCCUUCUCAGAACGCACCUGUGCUACAGUCACAAUUGGUGGCAUUAACAUAGCCGAAGCUCUGGUCAGUAAAGGCCUCGCUACGGUCAUCAGAUACAGACAGGACGACGACCAGCGCUCCUCCCACUACGACGAGCUGCUUGCUGCAGAGGCACGGGCUAUCAAGAACGGAAAAGGGCUGCACAGCAAGAAGGAGGUUCCAAUCCACAGAGUGGCUGAUAUCUCUGGGGAAACACAGAAAGCCAAGCAGUUCUUGCCCUUCCUGCAGAGGGCCGGUCGGUCAGAAGCUGUGGUAGAAUAUGUCUUCAGCGGCUCCCGCCUCAAGCUGUACAUGCCCAAAGAAACCUGCCUCAUCACAUUCCUCCUUGCCGGUAUUGAAUGUCCACGCAGUUCCAGGAAUAUGCCAGGGGGGAUGCAGGUGGCUGAGCCCUUCAGUGAAGAGGCCAUGAUGUUCACCAAAGAGCUGGUGAUGCAAAGAGAGGUGGAAGUGGAAGUGGAGAGCAUGGACAAAGCAGGGAACUUCAUUGGCUGGCUGCACAUCGAAGGUGUGAAUCUGUCGGUGGCGUUGGUAGAAAACGCUCUGUCCAAGGUCCACUUUACAGCAGAGCGCAGCGCCUACUACAAAACCCUGGUUUCAGCAGAGGAGGGAUGCCGACAGAGGAAAGAGAAGGUCUGGGCCAACUAUGAGGAGAAACCAGUCGAGGAGGUUGUGCACCUAACAGAGGAGAAGGAACGCGUGGCCAACUACAAACCAGUAUACGUCACUGAAAUCACCGACACUCUGCACAUCUACGCCCAGGACGUUGAGACAGGAAGCCAGUUGGAGAGUCUGAUGGAGACUAUGAGGGCAGAGAUCGCUGCCCAGCCUCCUGUGGAAGGAUCCUACGCCGCACGCCGAGGGGACUACUGCAUAGCCAAAUUUGCUGACGGUGAAUGGUACAGAGCCAGAGUGGAGAAAAUUGAGUCACCGGCAAAGGUUCAUGUCUUCUACAUCGACUAUGGCAACAGAGAAGUGGUUUCGUCCACCCGUCUGGCUGCCAUACCCCCUGCCUUCAGCAACAGGACCCUGCCAGCACAGGCCACAGAGUAUACCUUCGGCUUCAUCCAGGUCCCACAGGACGAUGACGCCCGCGCUGACGUCGUAGACUGUGUGGUGCGGGACAUCCAGAACAGCCAGUGCCUGUUGAACGUGGAAUACUCUGGUGUCACCUGCCCACAUGUCACAAUACAGUUCGGGGACACCAAGGACGACGUGGGCCUCGGCCUGGUCAAAGAGGGCUUGGUCAUGGUGGACGUCCGCAAGGAGAAGUACCUGCAGAAGAUGGUGACAGAAUACCUGAACAGUCAAGAAUCUGCCAAGAGUGCCAGGCUCAACAUUUGGCGUUAUGGAGACUUCCGUGCGGAUGAUGCCGAUGAGUUUGGUUACAAACGUUAAAAAAAAAAAAAGAAGAAGAAAGGAAGAAAUUAGAACAAACAAAACCGACCAUCCAAUCAACACCAUUCCAAAGACCAACAUGGACGGCGAGUGACGCAUUGGACAGAAGACAAAGUAAAUGACAAAAAAAAAAAAAAAACAUCUAAACGACAAGCAUUGACUCACUCUUCCUUUUGAUUUCAUCCCUCCAGUCCUGACUUCUCUUCUGCUCAUACCUUUUUUUUUUUUUUUUUUUUUUCUCCAGCUAGCUCUCGUAGCUCCAAUUAGAGCAUGCUAGCAAUGCUAAAAUAAAAAAGAGAAAAAUCAUUCAAGAAUCAGUCUCCAUUCAUCAUUCAUUCAUUUUUCUUUCCCUAUUGGGCCACUGCCAGCUCAAGCAGCCUGCACUAUUGCCAAUCUGUGUUAUUUGCCAUGUUACCUUUUCAGCAGACUGUGUGAAUGAUAAUAAUUAUGAUACUUAAGUAUGUGUUUCAGCCAAUCAUGUUCUUUGCUCUCUGAUGCUCUAGCUCAAUCCCUGCUUUCCUUUGUACAGGUGGGGACUGGGUGUUUGUGGGAGAAACGCUCGAUUUUUGCAAACAAAUGCUUCCCUAAUGAAUUUCAUGUAAAUGUGAGGAUGUGGUGAAAAGUGUAAAUGGAUUUAUUUUGGAGAAAUACUGUAGGUGGAGCCACACAGAGUAAAAAAAAAAAGAAAAAGAAAAAAAAAA